CCUACAUUGGGUAUUUUAGAACAGAUUUAUUUACCUGUUCUUAACCUUUUAUCUUCAUAUCCCUGUGCAGUGUAUUCCUUGGACGUGGUACCUGUCUCUAGACUUCCAGUGUUAUGCAACCACUCCUCUCUUGGUUUAUUUAUACAGACUGUAUGUUCACAUCCUUUAAUAUGAUUCUGAAAUACUGUUAAAGUGAUUUCUUCAUUCUUGAACUAGAGCAUCACUAGGAGCCGUAUACAUUUUUAUUAUCUCUGUGGUUGUAAUCCUAUCCCCUCCAUGUUUUAUUUGUCAGAAAUAGGAGUGUGUUUAUGGUUGUGGCAGGUGGCCUCCUCCUGAUGACUAUUGUGGCCAGUGCUAUUAUAACUGCACACCUGCAGCUACCAGUCUUUCAGCCAUCUACAAUGACAUCUGAGAAUUAUGUUUUGUAUUACUAUGUGAAACCCUACACGAGAUACGGGCCAUUUCUAAUAGGGAUCUUGACCGGAAUAUAUCUGACAACAAAGAAAAAUCCACUGUUAAAGCAAUGGUGGCAGGCAGCACUUGGUUGGCUCUGUUGUCUGUCACUUUUGGCUCUUUUGGUUGGAUUGCCCUACAUCCUGAAGGAGACGCCAGCCAAUCCAUCUGUGCCACAUGCCCUGUAUCAAGGGCUGCAUAGACCACUCUGGGCACUGGCUGUGACCUGGAUUAUACUGGCCUGUGAGGAAGGCUAUGGAGGCUUUAUCAAGAGGUUCUUAUCCUUGACUUUCUGGGUUCCUCUUUCCAAUAUCAGCUUCGCCUGCUAUCUCAUACACCCUGUCUUCAUCAUCCUGUACAUUGGCUUUCAAGAGACCCCAAUCCAUUACACAGACAUCAAUUUUAUGUACCUGUUCCUUGGCCACCUGGUGCUGACAUUGGCAGUGAGCUACAUGCUCACUGUGUUAGUUGAGAAGCCCUACCUGCUCCCAAAAUAGAGCAGGGCAUGAACGUGCCCAGCUAUUCACAUCCUUAAUAACUACCCUCAUUAUCUUUGUUUAUGCAUUGUGAUCUCUAACACUGCUUUUAUUUAUAGCUGCUUUUGUAGCUAACGAAGCAAUUUAAUU